UCAGUCACUUCUUUGCAUCAGAGACGCUGAAACAGACCCUGUCUAAGACGGAACAUCACAUUCUGUUCUCCAACAUCCGUCAUGUGAUGGCAGCCAGCGAGAAGUUUCUCACCGAUCUGGAGAACAGACUGGGAGAGUGUGUGUUAAUAUCUGAGGUUGGAGACAUUGUGCUCCAGCACUGCAGACGAUUUCAUGGCCUCUACGUGCCUUACGUGACCAACAUGAUGUAUCAAGAGACUCUUAUCAAACAACAGCUGCAGCAGAACAGACACUUUAUGUACGCACUCAAGAAGCUUGAGAGUGACCCGGUGUGUCAGAGACAGACCCUCAAGUCCUUCCUUGUCCUUCCCUUCCAGAGAAUAACGCGCCUUAAACUACUGAUGGAGACCAUCCUGAAGCUCACUGAGCCAAACUCUGACUCAUUUUCAAACCUUGAGAAAGCAAUCGCAGCUAUUCAUGAGAUUGUGUCGGAGUGUGACAAAGGGGUCCGAAAAAUGAAGCAAAUUGAGGAGCUUGUCUGUCUGGAGAUGCUGUUGGAUUUCAGCAGAGUGAAGGCCGUUCCUGUCAUCAAAAGCAGCCGUUUUCUGGUGCACGAAGGGCCCCUGGAGCAGCUGGUGGUGGAGAGCUCUUACAGCUGCAGGCCGUCUCUCAUCAGCGUCCACCUCCAUCUCUUCAAUGACCUUCUGAUUGUCUCCUCAAAAAAGGACCAGCGGUUUGUGGUGGAGGAUCACGCUGAAUUCAUCACACACGUGACCGUUAAGACUCUCAACACUGAAAUCCUGGGUCUUCCCCCAAACUCGUUCCUGUUGCACCUCGCCGAAAGUCACAGCGGACAGCCGACCGCUCUGAUACUCGUGGCGCAGACAAAGGCAGAUAAAGAGACGUGGAUGAAGAUGCUGUCUGCUGAAGUCUAAAAUGUGCACAAUUCUUGAUUUGGCUGAUUUUAAAGAUCCAGCGUAGCUCUUUUAAGCUUGUACAGUUUGAAUACUUCUAUUUUUAAUUACUUUACUCAUUGUGCACUUUACACGGUUCUUCUU